GCACGCCGCACGCGUAUGCGCUUGUUAACCUAACCUAUAGAACGUAUCUUUUUGGGGAGAUAUAUUUGGAGUUUGCGAACGAUACGCGCACGUUUUACGAUCGAUAAGUAAUCGGUUUCGUAGAUUCAAUAUUUUUCGUACUACGAAAAAUAAUAAACGUUGAAGUUGGAUGUGAACAAGUGUUACUCGCUUAUAUCGCUUUAAAGUUGAUAAUUCAAAGUUCUUUAUUUGGAAGACCUUACAUACAUACUUCGAAUGGAAGUAUGUACAAAAAUAAAAUCACAAAGGUAAUGUAUGAUUGAUUGCUGUGAAACAAAAUCAAAGUACAUACAUAUUAAUAAAAGGAAAAUAUGGAAAAAUGAGAUUAAAAUUAAAGACCGUAACCUCUUCUAACUAAAUGCAACGAUGAUACAUUGAUACGCAAUCGCUAAUAUAAUCGGACGCCAUCUCGUGCUAUGCAAAGGUAUCAACUAAAAUCAGUAGUUUUCCAGUUCUGAUUCGGCAUUCGCUUAAAACGCAAUCAACUAGACCAAGAAUUGUGACGGAUUACGAUCCAUUACGGCAGUCAGAAAUAAGUAAGAGGAGCAAAGAGGACACGUAAAAGAUGGCGGAUGCCGUUGUAGACGGGACUCCAAUGUCCCGAUUUUUUUGUCAUAAAUGCAGUAUUGAAAUUGAACGCUUAUUACCUGAUUAUACGUGUCCAAGAUGUGCCAGUGGCUUUAUCGAAGAAUUAGAAAGUAGUAGCAAUGACAGUGGUUCUGGAAUAGAUAUUAGUAGUGAAGACUUAAGUGACAUCAAUGAUGAUCCGCCAUAUGAUUUCUCACAAGGUUAUGAUGCAGAGCGUGAUUUCAUAGAGAUGGUAUUAGGGAUUUCAAAUCGAGGACAAAGAUCUACUACUUCAAACAGGAAUACUGGUCCUACUAGUAGGAGAACAUGGGUUCAUUGGCCACGUAACGUUCAUGACAGACGUCGUUCAAACAGUUUUGGAAGACAAGAACCUGUGUCUGUAGAGAACUUCAUACAAGAAUUUAUACUUAAUCUCUCAGGAGUAGGUGUAGCUCAAACUGUAACGCAACCUGGACAGCUACCUGUAUUCAAUAUUAGACUGUUCUUGGGAAAUCCCGGAGAUUAUGUUUGGGGUCAGGAUGGUUUGGAUGCAAUCGUAACGCAGUUGUUAAACCAGCUGGAUGGAACAGGACCACCCCCUUUACCACGAAAGCAAAUAGAUGAAAUACCAACAACAACGGUGACUCAGUCUCAUGUCGACAGCAAACUUCAGUGUUCUGUCUGUUGGGAGGACUUUAAAUUAUCUGAAUCAGUGAAACAACUAUCGUGUCAACAUUUAUAUCAUGGUCCAUGCAUUAUACCAUGGUUAGAAUUGCAUGGUACUUGCCCUAUUUGUAGGCAGAAUUUGGGAGACCAAAAUUCGGGGGAAGUUAAUCAAGAUACUGUAGGACCUAGCUUAGCGGCUCUUUUUAGGGCAGCCAAUGUAUCAAACAGUACUAGAACAUCGUCGACAUCAUCUUCGGGUGGAAAUAACUCCAGUAGUAAUUCAACGAGUGAGAUUUGAGAUUGAUUGUCCUGCAUUUACACUUUCUCUACUUAGCAGGAUACACAAAUAUACAAACAAUAUACAUUUAUUUUUCACAUCUUCAGAUUUAUUUUUCGGCACUGUUCACUCGAGCAAGGCUUAUAUACUUCGUAAAUAUUGUAUUCCGAUGCUAACAUAAAUUUCAGCUUUAUAUUUUAAUCAACAAUGUAAUGUAAAUCAUAAAAAAUAAUGCAAUAUCAAAGUUAAACAUGCAUAUUUUGCUUCACGUGAAUGAUAAUGAAGUACAGUCAUAACAAGUCGAAAAAAAACAUACGUAUUUGGAGUUGAAGUAAUCCUUGUUGCUAUAUAUAUACGCUGUCUCAUAGUUUCUAAAAAAGCGCAGUUUAUUAAGUUUCUUAAACAAAUGUGUCUAAAAUUAAAAAAAAAAAUGUACGUUUCUUUAUAAAAGUUUAAAUUUUGAUGUUUAAUAAAUUUAAUGUAGCAGAAUAAUAUUUACAAAAGAAAAGAUUGUAAUAUAACGCAAAGAGUGUAUUGCAUAGACAAAUAACGCUACAAACGUUAAUAAUUUUAAGUAAGAGGUUUGUAAAUCUCCUCACCAAUUAUGUGUGAUAAAUUAAACAGUUUUUCUUAAUACUAUUUGACUAUAUCAUAUAUUUUUUCAAGUUUCAGCAUUAUUCAAAAUCGAGUCUUAAUUAGAAUCAUUAGUAUUCUUUUGUCAAUUAUCGAUAAAUCUUAUUUUCAAUGUUAUCAUGUAUGAAUGAAUAUUAAUUUCAAUAACGAAAAAUAUGUAAAAUGAAAGAGUACUAAAAAUAUGAAACAUUUGUAUCAUCGUUUGAAAUGAUAUUUUAUAUUUAUUUAAAUGUAAUCGUACAUUAUUUUACACUAAAUAUGAUUAAUAUCAUUGUUCAUUAUCUGGGUUCAUAAAGUGAUGUAGAGAUACAUACAUCGUUUAAAAAGGGAUCGUGAUAUAGAAUGAAAACGACUCCAUUUUUAAAUUAUUAUAAACAUAGUAUGUACAAAUACAAAUUCUUUUGUUUCGUAAGUCACAGUUAGUAAUAAAUUUAAACAUCCUAAUAGGUAUAUACAUAUAUAUAAUUAUAGUAGAGAACGUGAAUAAGAGAUGAUUACAUGCUAUAUGUUUAUAGUUUCCAAUGUAUUGGUAUUAUGUUACCGAAGUUGCUAUUUACAAUACUAAUAGAGGACACUUCCUUAAUUUGCCAUAUUAUAUCAAACAUGAUAAGAUGUAAUAUUAUAAUUUUAAGUUAAUAAAAUUUAAUUUAUUUUCAAUUAGCUAUACUGAAUUGGGAAGGAUGAGAUUGUAAUCAAAGGAGUUGGAAUAUCAGUUCUUAUAUGAGCAUGUAUCAUUUACUUAUCAGAAAAUUGUAAACAAUUUUAAAAAUGAAUAAAUGGUUUUUGUUUAGAAGA